AAGUUCUAUAACGACAUGACAGUGUCCUUAUAAGUCUUUAAAACGAGUCGGAAGUAUCGAAAUUCAGGAAUCAUAUGUGAUGUCCGACGGCGACCCGUCCCUCGAAGAAGACAUACCGCGGCCUUUACUAGAGAAGGUUGAGGAUAAUGUGUUUACGCCAAAGAUAGCAACUCCUAUUUACGCGGGCAGUGUGAAGUUGCACCAUAAGAGGUCUGACGCGGCGGAAUCGGAGGCCUUCCUGACGGACGCGGAGCGCAAUGACCUCGCGUUCCAGCAGCUACUGCAGGAUGGAGAUGGAGACUUUAACCAAGAGAAAGAAACGCAACAGAAGAUGGGCGACUUGCGCGCGAUGUCGGUGCUCAGCACGUACCAGGACAACAUGUCGCGGGACAUGAAUACCGACCGAGACAACGGUAGCGAAGCGUCCACCCGCGCCGCAGAGGACUGCGCGUGCGGCGAGCCCGCUUUGCCCGGCGCCUCCACCACUAGCAAUGGCAAACACACUGCCAAUCAUUGCUCCAUCAUCAUGGGUGGAAUACAGAACAACCCAUCUCUGACGUUCAACGAUCAUGUCCGAUCGGUGGACUUCGUGCUGGUGUGGGAAGCCGGCAAGGAGGAAGCCUCCAGGCCCGAGGCGCACGAACAGCGCCGCAUCUUCCAGGACAACCUGGAGAAGGAAGGGCUACAGCUAGAGCCAGAGGCACCGGCGAACUUGCACGGACUCAAUUUUGUUAAGAUCCACGCGCCACUUUCGGUUUUAAGAGAUUAUAGCGAAAUAUUAAAACUUCGAAUGCCAAUGAAGGAAUGCAGUAAGAUACGAAAAGGUGGGAAGACGAAUGCGAUACUGAACGCUGCAAUGUAUAUGUCUAAGUUUUCAGCGCUGAAAGAUGUGUCGGAGAAGACAAAUAGUUUUGUAGACCGAAUAGAGGCGGGAUGGGACCGCGUCAUGUCAAAGAUUCGCGUGGACCCUGUCAUGUUUCCAGAGCGGAAGCACCGCCUCACGGCUAUAUACUCAAAGGACAAAGAAUAUUUGUUCGACACGUCGGCGGAGUGCUUCUGGACGCCGUCGAUCCGGUCGCGCAUCGUGCAGUUCAUCCUCGACCGCAAGAGGUUCGCCGAAGCCGAGAAGGACGAGUUCGCGUUCGGCAUCGCCCGGCUCAUCACUAAUGGCACUUACAGCGCGGCUUAUCCACUGCACGACGGCGACCUGAAGACGCCGGGAUCUAUGCGGCACCUACUCUACACGGAGUGGGCGAGCGUGUCCAAAUGUCUCAAAUAUCAACCGUUAGAUUAUGUCAAAGACUAUUUCGGCGUCAAAAUAGGGUUGUACUUCGCGUGGCUCGGCUUCUACACCAACAUGCUGAUUCCGGCCUCUCUCGUGGGACUCAUUUGCUUCAUAUACUCGGCUGCUACCGUGUACCAAAACAGUCCGAGCGAGCAAGUUUGCAACUACAACUCGUCGAUUAAGAUGUGCCCGCAGUGCGACUACUACUGUGACUACUGGGAUCUGAAGACCACUUGCCUCCAGGCACGGAUCACUUAUCUAUUUGAUAACCCUACCACUGUGUUUUUUGCCAUCUUCAUGAGUUUUUGGGGGGCGUGUUUCCUGGAGCUGUGGAAGCGGUACUCGGCGGAGAUGACGCACCGCUGGGACCUCACCGGCUUCGACGUGUACGAGGAGCACCCGCGCCCGCAGUACCUCGCGCGACUCGCCCACGUCAAGCGGACGCAGCUGAACGUGGUGACGGGGCAGCGCGAGCCGAUGGUCCCGUUCUGGCGCAUGCGGCUGCCCGCCACGCUCAUGUCCUUCAGCGUGGUGGCGCUGCUGGUGCUGCUGGCGCUGGCGGCGGUGCUCGGCGUGGUGCUGUACCGCAUGUCGCUGCUGGGCGCCAUCGCGCUGCGCCACCACGACAACGUGCUCAUCACGCACAACCCCAUCAUGUUCACCACCGCCACGGCGGCCUUCAUCAACUUGUUCCUAAUAUGCAUUUUUAACUACAUUUACCAAUGCCUGGCCGAGUGGCUGACGGAGAAGGAGCUGCUGCGCACGCAGACCGAGUUCGACGACUCGCUGACGCUGAAGAUCUACCUGCUGCAGUUCGUCAACUACUACGCGUCCAUCUUCUACAUCGCCUUCUUCAAGGGCAAGUUCAUCGGCCGCCCCGGCGCCUACAACCGCUUCUUCGGACAGAGACAGGAGGAGUGCUCGCCGGGCGGCUGCCUGCUGGAGCUGUCCAUCCAGCUGGCCAUCAUCAUGGUGGGCAAGCAGUUCAUCAACACGGUCGUCGAGAUGCUCAUGCCAUACUUGCUCAAGUGGUGGUACAUCAUACGUACCAUCGGGAGGAAAAACCAGAUUAAAAGUCCAUUGCAGUGGGUGAAAGAUUUCAAACUAGUCGAUUUCGGUAACAUGGGUCUUUUCCCCGAAUAUUUAGAAAUGGUGUUGCAGUACGGUUUCGUGACGAUCUUCGUGGCGGCGUUCCCGCUGGCGCCGCUGUUCGCGCUCAUCAACAACGUGCUGGAGAUGCGGCUGGACGCCAAGAAGUUCCUGUCGUGCUACCGCCGGCCCGUGCCGCAGCGCGUCAACGACAUCGGCGUCUGGUACCGCAUCCUCGACUCCAUCGGGAAACUUAGCAUCAUCACUAACGGUUUCAUAAUAGCGUUCACGUCGGACUUCAUCCCCCGGCUGGUGUACCAGUUCGCGAACGCGGGCUCGCUGGAGCACUACGUGAACCACACGCUGGCCGACUUCAACGUGACCGUGCUGGAGCACGUGCCGCCCAACGCCAAGAACAGCUACAACCAGACCAUGUGCAGCUUCCCGGGCUACUGGCACUCGGGCGACGACCACAACUACGAGCGCAGCAACCUCUACUGGCACAACAUGGGCGCUAGACUCGCAUUUAUCGUGGUUUUUGAGAACGUGGUGGCGCUGGUGAUGAUAAUAGUGCGGUGGGCGAUCCCGGACAUGUCGGGCGACCUGCGCGACCGCAUCCGGCGCGAGGCCUACGUCAUCAACAGCUUCAUCCUGGAGGAGACGCGCGCGCGCUCGCUGCCGCGCCGCGGGCGCUCCUCCGGCCCCCCGCCCGCGCCCACCCCAGGCGACGCAUGCGCCAGGCCCCCAGAUGAUGUCGAGCCGACGUGGAACCACCUGUUGUCGUCGUCGCUGUCGGGGUCGGACUUCGACCUGGCGGCGCACGGCGACCACCAGGCGCUGCGCGCCAUCACGCAGCCGCCGCCCGCCUCGCAGCCGCCGCCCGCGCACGUCUAGUCGGGCCGGGCGCGACACAGCUGGCCAUCGAUAGCGGAAGAAUCUGUUCC